CGUUAUAAGCAAAGGCAGCUCUGCUGGGAAAGAAACCUUGCUGAGGCUUUAUCAGCUGCUGCUUUUUCCCCUGGCACUGCUUGAAGGGCACCUCUACUGAGAUGGGGAGGCAAAAGGAUGUUCUUGCUACUAUUGAGGAGCACCUGAGGAUCAGAAACAAAUUAGUCCGGCAAGCACUGGCUGAGUGCCUGGGGACGCUGAUCCUGGUGCUGUUCGGCUGUGGCUCCGUUGCACAGAUUGUGCUCAGCAGAGGGACUCAUGGAGGUUUCCUGACUGUUAACCUGGCCUUCGGCUUUGCUGUGAUGCUCGGCAUUUUGAUCUCGGGACAGGUAUCAGGUGGACAUCUGAACCCAGCUGUCACUUUUGCCAUGUGCUUCUUGGCCCGGGAGCCCUGGAUCAAGCUGCCAGUUUAUGCCCUGGCCCAAACCCUGGGGGCUUUCCUGGGAGCUGGCAUAGUCUUUGGACUGUACUAUGAUGCCAUCUGGGCUUUUGGCAGCAACCAGCUGUAUGUAACAGGACAAAAUGGCACUGCUGGUAUCUUUGCCACGUACCCAUCUCAGCAUCUGAACAUUGUGAAUGGAUUCUUUGACCAGUUCAUUGGCACAGCCUCCCUGAUUGUUUGUGUCUUGGCUAUUGUUGAUCCUUACAACAACCCUGUCCCCACGGGGUUGGAGGCUUUCACAGUUGGCUUUGUUGUCCUCGUUAUUGGAACCUCCAUGGGCUUCAACUCUGGCUAUGCUGUCAACCCUGCCAGGGACUUUGGGCCUCGUCUCUUCACAGCCAUCGCUGGCUGGGGCACUGAAGUGUUCUGGACUGGUAAACAGUGGUGGUGGGUUCCAGUUGUUGCUCCUUUUCUUGGGGCCAUUGCGGGUGUGAUGGUCUAUCAGCUCAUGAUUGGAUGUCACGAUGAGCCUUCUCCACCUGCCUCUGAGCAGGAAACAGUCAAGCUGGCUAAUGUGAAGCACAAGGAAAGGAUCUGAGGAAGCUGCCACCCAGAUCUGGCCGACACUCAUUACUCAGGACUGCAGCUGGCGAAGAGGAGGAAGGAGUUAAGAAGAGCUUCAAGAACAACAGGAAGUUUCCCCCCCCCCCAUCUUGAAAUAUUGUAGUGCGCUUUUUUUGUGUAUAUCCCUGAUGCAUUUCUUUAGGCAUUUUCCUGUGAACCUUUCCCCAAAUGCAGUAUCAUGUAAUCUUUCCCUAGUAGAAGGGGGUUGAGGACUGUAGGAGUCAGGAGAGAAGUGAGCAUUGCUGUCCAACAUCUCCAACAUAGGCCAGUUGUUCAGGAAUCUGGAACUCUUUUGGGCUGUCUUGCUGGCCUUGCCUGUGAGCUUGGCAAACUGCUUCCCUCCAAACCUGCGUCCUCAUCUGUAGAAUGGGGAUUUUGCAAAACUAAAAUUGUUUUGCUAGCAUGGAAUGGAAAUUCCUACAUCCCAGAAAAAAAAAUUGCCUGUGAUUCUACUAUGGAUCAAAUUCAUACUUGGUGUUGCUCUAAAGUCAAUAACUUGGCACCAGGAAUGAACUUGUCUGAAGGAUUUUUAUUGGCCAAACUUUUUAUAUCUCCCAUGAAAUCCUAGAACAUUGUAUCAAUCAGCUGAUCCAUAAUGUCAGAGCAGAAAGUCAGAAUGCACUGGAUUUUAAUAUUAAGACAAAAUGUUUACAAGCCACUGCAUCCUGAUGUUCUAAUCACAAUUUUUAAUAUUGCCAACUCCUAGAAGAUAAGACAUAGGAAAUCCUUGUUUGAGCCAGGGGCUAACCUGGAAAGAAAGCUUGGCUCCCUGUAGCAGCCUUUCUAAUUAAUUAGCUUUGUAUAUAAACUACAAGCAGCUAAUAGCCAAGUUCCACUAGAAACACAGUGUUGCUAAAGUUGUGUGUGUUCAUGUAAAUUUCACAAUAGUGUGUUUUUUUAAAAAUAGAUUUAUAUAUAAAUAUACUCCUUAAAGCUGUUACUAAAUAGGAGGGUUGGGGAUCAGUUAAUUUAAAGAUGUGUGGGAACUGCCUAUUCUCUGACAGCUUUGAGAUACUGUUGGAUUUUCCUGGGGUGGCCUUAGAUUAUGGCAUUGUAUUGUCGGAGCAUCUCCUUUUCUACCUUGCAGAAUUACUGGGGUAUCCCUGGUACUCAUGGCUGAGGUCAGGCACCUCCUAUACUAGCAGUGCUGGCAUCUCAGGAGAUCUCUGGCUCUCCCAAUGCCGUAUUAUUACAGAGUAUUUGAGACAAGCAGUAUCGGUUGUGAAAGAAUGUGUAGGUCCCAUGCCACUGCAUUAGAGAAACACUUUCAAAGCCUGUUCUUUAAUGUGUGAAUUCCUUGAAAUAUGUGACUUUACACCAUUUUAGUGAUUGGAAAUGUGUACUUUUUUUUUUGCAUUUUUAAAAAAUAAAAUGUCGAUACCCACACU